AUGGACACGGUUCCAAUUCAACAUUAUGUGGCAAUCGUCAUUCCAGUCAAGUUUAUACCAUUGAGCUAUUUAUCCAGCGUAAGGCCGUCUAAAUUGAGAGGCGGGAUGCGAUACACGAAUGUUCCAAUAUCAUUGCAAAGGCAGAUACAGUUACAUCGAUUCCGGGAGCCGAUCGGGAUCAACUGGCGUUCGUCCAAACAACAGUUUAUUGCUGACACUGUGCACUGUUUACUGAGCAAGCCGUCACCUAAAUAUGUUCCCGGCUUUACAAGCUUUUAUCUCACCCAAAUGCGUUGUUCUACUCGAGCCGGAUGCGGAAAUGCUUGUUGCUAUCAACGUAGAAAUGGUCCGCGAUAUAUUUCUAAUAGGAAUUGUGUGUCAUCAUCAUCGCUCGUUUUGUUUUGGUUUUUCAAUGUAAAUAUUGUGUGA